AUGGAAAAAGACCAGCAAACAGCUGAACAGUUAGAAGUAGAAAGAUGGAAGAUGAAAAAGCUUCUGAAGUACCUGCAGAAUGCAAAGGGAAAUGGUACUUCCAUGAUAUCUUUGAUUCUUCCCCCGAAAGAUCAAGUUUCAAGAGCGAACAAGCUUCUGAUAGACGAGUACGGAACUGCCUCAAACAUAAAAAGCAGAGUAAACAGACUGAGUGUGCUUGGGGCAAUUACUUCAGCCCAGCAAAGACUAAAACUCAUUCCAAAGGUCCCAGAUAAUGGUCUGGCCCUGUAUACAGGAACAAUUCUUGAAGACUCUGGAAAGGAAAAGAAGGUUUGCUUUGACAUUGAGCCAUUGAAGCCCAUUAACACAUCCCUCUACCUCUGUGACAGUAAAUUUCAUGUGGAAGAUUUGAUAAAUUCGUUGGAAGAUGACUAUAAAUUUGGGUUUAUUGUGAUGGAUGGGCACGGUGCCCUUUUCGCAGUUCUCUCUGGGAACUCCAAAGAGAUCAAGCAGAAUAUAUCUGUAGAUCUGCCUAAAAAGCACGGUCGUGGUGGACAGUCUUCUGUCCGUUUUGCUAGACUUAGAUUGGAGAAAAGACAUAAUUACCUUAAAAAAGUCAGUGAAAUUGCUACUCAAGUAUUCAUCUCCAAUAACAAGCCAAAUAUACACGGCCUGAUCCUGGCUGGAUGUGCAGACUUUAAGUACGAUCUGAAUCAGGCAGACUUCUUUGACCAGCGCCUAAAGGCAAAAGUGGCUAAGAUCAUUGAUGUGGCAUAUGGAGGAGAGAAUGGACUAAACCAGGCAAUAGAGCAAGCCGAAGAGGUCCUGCAGAACCUGAAACUUGUCACUGAGAAAAAGACAAUUAAGUCGUUCUUUGAUGAAGUUGUCUCUGGCUCCGGGAAGGUAUGCUUUGGCAUUGAAGAGACCAUGUCCUGCCUGGAUAUGGGCUGUAUGGAGGUGCUAAUUAUAGAUGAAGCCUCUACUGUACGAAGGAUAGAGAGGGAAGGCUCUGUCACAUACGCAGCAGAGUCAAAUGAAGGUGAACUUCUAACAGACUGGCUGGCAGAGAACUACAGAAAGGUAAAUUGCAGUGUCGUAUUUAUUUCUGAUAAGAGUCAGGAAGGAACACAGUUCAUAUCUGCAUUCAAUGGCAUUGGAGGGAUCCUUCGGUAUAAGAUGGAGAUGGGUGAAAAUGCAUCAGAAGUUGAAGAUUUCUCAGAUGCUGAUAUUUUUUAG